AAAUUUAAAUCGUAAAUUAGUGAUUGACCUUUGAACUCGGUUAAGACAGAGAAGAGGGUUUAGUAAUAAUUAUUUUAAAAAAUAUAUAAGUUUAUAAUCAACCGAUACACGUGUUAUCUAUCAUUAUGAACGGACCACGUGACCUGGUAGAAACACUUCAGUAUCCCGUCAUUCACCACAUGUCCGGUUCCGUAUUUAGAACUACGCUCCCACACCUGUAGUGGAAGGCUACAUCCCCGUGACAAAAUAUUGGACCGUGCCCAUUCAUUCCGUCCCGGCAUGCAACGCGAAUCCGACUUUAGUCAGCCGCAGUCGAAGGUGGGAAUGUUGCGCCGUGUCCACUGAAGCAAUGAGUGAGACUUGAGCAUGUGUUGACGAGAUUCCCCUGCUCAUCUUUUAUGUAAGGUGUCAAUUGAAUGCCUAAUGCACCGUCCACCCCAAAAUGGAUUCCUUUGGGUCCGACACAGCGAGGGGGACAUCCUGGAGGUGGAUGUUGCUGGCGAUAUUGGUUAUGCUGUGGCUACCCAGUUUUGCUCAAGAGGAGGAAGAAAAUAUGGAUUUUACCAAACCAGUUUACAACGCUACAAUACCGGAGAAUUCUGUGGGAAAGACUUACGUCAUCGCCAACGAAAAAAUGGGCAUUUACGUCACGGAUCCCACUUUAAUCGUUCGUUACAAAAUAUCGGAAGGAGAUGACAAGAGACUUUUCAAAGCAGAAGCUCGUCAAGUGGGAGAUUUUUGGUUUCUUCAGAUACGCACUCGAACAAGCAAUCACGCCGUUCUUAACCGGGAAUAUCACGAUCUGUACGUGUUACAGAUACGUGCUAGUAUCACUUCGUUGUACAGGAAAUCCGUGAAACUGAAAGCGCAAACGGAAGUUUAUGUAAAGAUUUUAGACACCAAUGACUUAAAUCCUUUAUUUUAUCCUACGGAAUAUGAAGUGAACGUUGCAGAAGAUACUCCUCUACAUAGGAGUAUCUUGCAAGUUAGUGCCUUUGAUCCUGAUAUUGGUAUCAAUGGAGAGAUCUACUAUAGUUUGGCACAACCUACUCUCCAAUUUUCUGUGCACCCAACAAAAGGAACGUUAACCUUAACUAGACCUCUCGAUUAUCAAAAGGAAUCUUCUCACGUCUUAACAGUUCUGGCUCAAGAUCGAGCACCCAAAUUUCGAGCUGGUGACAUCAAAGCUAGUUCGGCAACUGUGAAAAUUAAAGUACUUCCAGUGAACGUUUACAGUCCUGAGAUACUCGUUAGGCAUUUUCCUAGUAUUUUAGGUCAUAGCAAUGCAGACAUUUAUGCAAUUGUCAAGGUUAUCGAUAAGGAUCGUGGUGUUCACGGACAGAUUGAUAAACUAGAGAUCAUCGACGGAGAUCCUGAUAAUCAUUUCAGGAUAAGUGAUGGAAGUAAACCUUACGAAUAUAAUAUUAUUGCAGAAAGAAAUCUGGAUUCUCAACAAGAAUUUUCAUUGACGUUGAGAGCGACUGAUCGUGGUUCCCCUCCGAAAUCCAUAACACAAAAUAUUAAAGUUCGAUUGUCUGAUUAUAAAGAGAAACCUCCUGUUUUUGAGCAAAGUGACUAUGAGGUAAGUUUAUUAAUUUUUACAUAAAAUAUUUUAUUUUAAUUACAAUAUAACAUUAACUAGAUCCAGCCUUGAUCUCUCCUCUAAUUACUGCUGGCACUUAAACAUUACUUAACUUGUAUAUUUGACCUGUAGUUGUAACAUAUAACAAGUCUUUCCCUUCUACCAAAUAACGAUACACGUGAAAAUAUGCCUUUAUUUACUCUAAAAUGAUAGAAAAACUCUUAUUUAAGCAUGUGUAAAUCUGUAUCAAGAUAUCAUUCGCCUUAACUGAUGCCAAAUUAACUUUAGUAAAACAAAGAUGUUAAUUGAAUCUUCUUGUUAGGUCGUUGAUUUAGUUUUAUUACUUCUAUUCUGUACAGAUGAGGAAACUUAAUUAACAUUAGCUUGAUCAAGAAUAGGUAUCAUCAUCAUAAAUGAAGCAUAAGAUGUAAUUUAAGUAUGUUUAUAUACUUUAUAUUCUAGAUAUGAGGUCUGUAAAUUUGAGUAUAUUAAUUUUAAAAUAAUUAAGUUAUUCUCAACUAUAUAGGGUUUGAUUUAAACUUAUAUCCCAAAAUUAUAUGAGGCCCCUUACUGUCUAACAGUAAGUAUA